AUGAAGCUUGAUACUAAAGCGAUUCGGUAUCUCACGGUCGAGGACUGGAGGGUGCUUACAGCAGUAGAGAUGGGUAGUAGGAAUCAUGAAGUUGUCCCUACCCCCUUGAUACAACAGAUAUCGAAUCUCCGUGGUGGUAGCGGAGUCCAUAAGUGCAUAUCGACCCUUGCGAAGGCAAACCUGAUUGCAAAGGUCAAGAACGCCAAGUACGAUGGCUACCGACUGACAUACGGCGGCAUUGACUAUCUUGCCCUCAACGCCCACCGCAAAUCUUCCACGGUAUAUUCUGUCGGUAACCAAAUCGGCGUCGGCAAAGAAUCUGACAUUUACGUCGUUGCCAGUGAUUCAGGCCUGCAACGAGUACUGAAAAUUCACCGUCUCGGCCGGAUCUCUUUUCGCACCGUCAAGACGAAUCGUGAUUAUCUACGCAACCGCUCCUCGGGAUCAUGGAUGUACAUGUCGCGCCUCGCCGCCUUGAAAGAAUUUACUUUCAUGCAAGUCCUGCGCGACAACGGCAUUCCGACGCCUGAGCCCAUUGCGCAGAACAGACAUACCAUUGUCAUGAGCCUGAUUGACGCAUUCCCACUCCGCCAAAUCUCAAGCGUUCCAGACCCCGCCAGCCUUUAUGCCGAACUCCUCGAGCUCAUCGUACGACUCGCAAGCUUCGGUCUUAUUCAUGGCGACUUCAAUGAAUUCAACAUUCUCGUCAAAGAAGACGCUGCUCCGUCGUCGUCUCUAAAUUCAGACGAGCCUCCGACCAUUACGUUAACACCUAUUGUAAUCGACUUUCCACAGAUGAUAUCUAUUUCGCACCCUGAUGCGGAGUACUACUUCGAUCGCGACGUGAACUGUAUUAAACGCUUCUUCGAACGCAGAUUCCACUUCACAAGCGAUGAGUCAGGCCCAUUCUUCAAAGAUGCCACAUCAAAUGUGACGAAGCGCCUUGACGUUGAAGCCGAGGCCAGCGGGUUUAGCAAAAAAAUGGCACGCGAGCUAGAAAAAUAUAUGAAAGAAGUCGGCGUCGAUGGUGACGGUGGUGUCAGUGGCGAAGGGGCCAAACAGGCAGAAGAUAGGGCCUCUAUCGGGGCCGAAGAUGAUGAUGACGACGAGUGCGACGCACCACAAAGCGUAGGCGAUGGAAAGGACGUCGCCGACCAGCCUCGUCUCCCAGACGCUACGUUGUUUCCAGGAAAUGCAGAUCCAACAAUCCCGGACGCCGACCUGAACGCCACAUUUACCGUCCUCGAUAUAAAAGACUUUGACCAGGGUGGUGGACCCAUGGGCGUAGGCCUAGAGGCGGCCCCUUCGGUGGCACCGACUACUCGUACCAUAUCGAAAAAAGCUGCAGGGUGGGCAAUAUGA